AUGGAGAGUGAUGAUGAGUAUGAUCUCUUUUCCCCUCUUGAAGGAUCUCCAUCUCCAAUCCCUCCAAGUAAAUUUAAGCGCUUGAAGAAAGCAGUCAGGGUUUCGAAUCAGAAGCGUGCUUUAGAAGAGCAAACUAAUCUUGUCUCUGCUGUGGAUUUUCUAGGUGGGGUAGAUACCGAGUCUUCGCAAACCCUACAUGGCGGGACGUCAGUGGAUCCAACGGCGGUUGCAUUGGAACCUGAGGGGUUUGACGACCAAGAAGAUUUAGAUUCUGGUUCGGAUGGGGUAGAUAUUAAGUCUUCGAAAACCCUAGAUAUUGGGAAAUCAGUAGAUCCAACGCCGGUUGCAUUGGAACCCGAGGGUUUUGACGACCAAAUGGAUGAUCGUUCUGAACCUCUUAGAACCUUUGACGCUGGAGAGGGAUCUUAUUUGGGCGCUUCAGAUGCUGACAUCGAAGAGGUUGACGAAAAAGGAGAUGAACGAAGUACGGGCUCGGGAGAGGAGAUUGGAGGAGAAAAGCCCUUAGAGAUGAAUAUGGUGAAAUCUUUGAAGAAAAGGCCCAGUAUGGGUGGGUCGAAGGAGAAGAAAAAUAAGAAGGCUAAGACUGUCGGUGAUGCUGGAAAGUCAGAGGCAUCCACUCGGGCCAAGAGAGGGCUAGAAAAGGAAAGGAAUGCCCUGCUUGGGGAGCUUCAUGCCGAGUCUCAGAGAAUAUUACGAGAAACUAGAAAUGCAUCGUUUAAGCCAGUGCUGCUUGUACAUAAGCCAAUAUCUUCAAUUUUGGAGAAGAUCCGACAAAGAAAGCUAGAGGUGUCAAAAAAAGCUUGUUAUAUGAACAGUUAUGAAAUUCUCGCUGAUGCUACUGAUUAUUCAAGAGAUAGUACUCUGGGUCCUAAUACAAAACGUGUUAAGAGUGAUGCGGGAGAAAAAGGGGUGAAUGUAGAGAGUAGCUUGGAUGCUGAUCAUGCGAGUAGAUCCAUUGACCACAUGACUCUGUCAGGCCAAUGUGAACAUAUCCUCCAUGAUGUGGGUACAGCCACACACCUGACUAAUGCAGGGGGUAGUCUAGAUUCUGGUCAUAUGAGUGAGGAAGGGCUGACUCCUUCAGGGCAAUGUGAAAAUACCCUCCACACUGCGGCUUUGGAUGAAGGAUCUACACAUGCAUUUCGUCCUCCUGUAAAUGACACUCAGGAUAUUUUUUGUGAAUCUCAACCAUGUGAUGGAGAUGAUGAACAACCAAUGAGUCAGUCUGCCAGUCCUCUAGAAGAAGCUCUUGCAUCGUCAGUGGUUCCCAUGAACUUAAAGCUAGAUUCUGUUCCUGAUGAUCUUUCUGAUGAUGAUGAGGAUGACAACAAGGAGAACAUUGAACCUUAUCCACGGAAACAAGUUACUGUAUGUUUGUCUCCAAAAGGAGAUCCUGUUAAAGCCUUUGUUGAUGAAGAAGCAGAAGUGGAAGAUGAUAGUGACAAUGACCUUAUGCGAUUCCAAGAAAAUGAAGAGGAUGGGGAAAAUGAAGAUGAGGAACUCAAUGAUCUUAUAGUAAGAGGAUACCGAGAGAAGCCAAUAGAUGGUGAAAUGCGGAAUCAGCUUCAUCAGAAGUGGCUUGAACAACAGGAUGCAAAUGAAACAGAUAAUGUUUUGCAAAGGCUGAAAGGUGGAUGGAAACAGCGAGAACCAAUAAUGCUUGAAGAUGAAGAGGAAGAUGAAGAGUUUGGUGAGGAUUCUCUGGAUGGUGUACCGGAUGAUCUACUUCCAUCUAAUGUUGUCAAAGCAAAUUCAAAAAAAUUGAAGCAGAUGAUUCCCGAGAUGUUUACUGAUAAGGAUGAUGUUUUUUUGUCCUCUGAUGAUGAGGAAACAGAGCAGAGUUUACAUAAACAGCGGCUACUUGAAAAAAUUGAAGAUCAGGCCUCAUUUUUGUCUCCAGCGGAGGAUGAGAGUUCCAGAGAAGUUUUUGGUCUUAUAAAGAAGCUGAAUAUCGCUCCUGAAACCAAGAAAAAGCCUAAAGCCUCAUCUUCCUUUGAUAUGCUGGUCACUGGAGGAAACAGAAACAAUUCUUCAAAGUCAUCUUUCUUGGGGCGAGCGCCGAGCAUCUCUUCAUCAUCGUCCCAUAAGCAUGGAUCAAGCACUAGCCGAUCUUUUAUUUUUGGACGGGAUGACAGCAAUAGUAGGAGUGGAAUCUCAUCAUCAGAGGUUUCUUCAGAUAUUGGUCUGAAAGAAAAACAGUCAACUACAAAUGCAUCAGCUAAGUAUAGUAGCUCUCAAUCCAAAUCCAGUUGGCAAAGUGUAAGGACUGUAACCGAAACAGUAUCAGGUUCUUCACUUUUUGAGAUCCUGAGGCGCUCCUCCAUGGAGUCAGAUCACAGUAGUAGGAAUAAUUUGGUUGGGCAAACACAAACUGUUUUUGCUGCAUUUAAAUCUGGAAAGAAGGCGAUAAAGAUAGAAGGAAGAACCUAAUGCUGAUGUAAAUCUGUAUGUGCAAUGUCGUUAAGGUGGGGGUUAAAAGGCUUCAAUGUCUGCACUUCAUGCUUUGAAGUGGGUUCUAUCCUGUGUAUUAGUCAAGUCUUCAGAUUUUGGGAGAAACAAGCAAUGGAAAAUCAGUUUUUAUGCUAAAAUUUCACUUCCGGGGGCCUUAUUUACCAUAAAAUAGUUGGAGUCUUUCCAAGUUAAAUCCAAGUAAAAUGCUCUGUUUAUUUCUCAGCAAAACCCUUUUUAAGUAGAAUCCUCCUUUUUUGCACUAA